GGGUCCUGAGGAAGGGGGCAGAGGGCACCAGCCUGCGUUCAGCCCCCUCCCCCCCAAAGCGGGCACCCUCGAGGAAGAAGUCCUUUGGAUAGAAGAAGAUGCUGCCAGUUUUUCUGUGGGGGAGAAGCUCUGAAAUCCCAUCAUCUCUACUUCGUCUCACACUCUGAACUUUCCCAAACUUGGAGUCAGACCUCUUGGCCAUGGAUGCAGAAAGAAACCACGGCUGGGCAGAAGAGGAGAGCGGCUGAGCAGAGCCAAGGCCAAAAUGGCUGCUGAGCAACAGGAGGUGUCCUCUGUAGGCCUCCACCAGCAUGAAACCAGGGUGGAAAGAGGAGUCAAAAUGGAGGAGCUUGAGAAAGCAGGCCUUGCACUGGCUGGUCCAGAACGGUUCAGGAAGAGCCCUUACGUCGUCCAGGCUGGCAGCCUCGGGGAGCGUUUUAGCCGGAUGACGGCCAAGCCUGCGGAGCGUGGUCUCGACAAUGCGAUGUUAUCGCCACGCUGGGAAGCCCAAUGGCGGGACUUCCUGAAGAAUGCACAGUCUCCUUGUUCGGGGUGGAGCAACUCCCAGGUCCCAGGGGCCACCCUUCUGGCCCCUGCUGAAACCGGGCCUGGGGCUGAUGAGGGGCCCGUGCGAGAGGAGGCAGGCGAGCUCCUGCUCGGCCUAAGAGAGGGGCCCCUCAAGGCCAGCCUGAACGCGGACCCCGCAGAGCAGGGGAGUGGUGGAGAGGUGAAGGGAGAAGGCCAAGCCGAGGAGGCCCCCAGCGCCGAGAUGCGUCGCCAGCACUUCCGGUGGUUUUGCUAUCAAGAGGCGGAGGGGCCCUGGGACGUGUGCGCCCGGCUGCGGGAGCUGUGCCUCAGCUGGCUGCAGCCGGAGCUGAAUUCAAAGGAGCAGAUGGUGGAGCUGGUGGUCCUGGAGCAGUUCCUGGCCAUCUUGCCUGAGGAAAUCCAGGGCUGGGUUGGAGAAAGUGGGCCGGAGACCUGCGCCCAGGCGGUGGCCUUGGUGGAGGACUUCCUGCUGAGGCAGCAAGAGACUGAGAGGUGGAAACAGGAAGUGCUGGGAGAGUUUGAAGAAGUGGCGAUGGGUUUUUCACGAGAAGAUGAUGCUGGUGGAAAACAGCCUGGCCGGGCAAUCAAGCAGGAGCAGGCCAGUUGGUUGGAUAAGUGGGAGAGUGAGGAUGAAGAGGCCGUGUUUGAGGUGUUAUUGGAAAGAGCUGAAACUCAAGUCUUGGAAGAAAACUUUGGAGAACAAGAUGCACAGAGAUUCCCAACGGACAAGAAAAGAAAUAACGCUCUUCUUGGUGAGGGUGGCAUCCCCAGUGAACUUGCAUUUGAGGAGAAAGCACAAGGUGGAAAGAGAAGACACUUGUGCACUAUCUGUGGGAAAGGCUUUACUCAAAAAUCAAACCUGAACAGGCAUCAAAGAACCCACGUGGGAGGGAAGACGUUUCAGUGCUUUAAAUGCGGGAAAAGCUUUAAGUGGGAAACGAGUUUCAUGCGGCACCAGCGAUUCCAUACGGGCGAGAAGCCUUACCCAUGCGUUGACUGUGGGAAGUGCUUUAGUCGGAGCGCAAAUCUCAUCAUCCAUCAGAGGAUUCAUACCGGGGAGAAACCCCACCAGUGCACCGACUGUGGGCAGAGUUUCAGCCAGAUUUCCAAUCUUGUCCGACAUCACAGAGUCCACACAGGGGAGAAGCCUUACAAAUGCCUGGAGUGUGGGAAGAGCUUCACUCAGAAAUCAAACCUGAUCAAGCAUCAAAGUGUCCAUUUGGGGGACAAGCCGCCUCGACGCUCAGCUAGUGGGAAAAGGCUUGGUCAGAGGUCAAGUCAUGAUAGAUUCAACUGGGUUUCCCUUGGAGAAAACCCCUGUAAAUGCUUCAAGUGUGGGAAAAUCUUUUCCCGGAGAGGCAACCUCCUUAGGCAUCAGAGCAUCCACACGAAAGAUAAACCACACAAAUGCCUCGAGUGUGGAAAGCGGUUCAACCAGAGGACCAAUCUGAAUGCGCAUCAGAGGAUCCAUACUGGAGAGAAACCUUACAGAUGUCCAGACUGUGGGAAAAGCUUCAGAUGGAGGGCGCACCUGAUCAUACACAAGAGGCUGCACACUGGCGAGAAGCCACACAAAUGUGCCGAUUGUGGACAGAGCUUCAGCCAGAGGUCCAAUCUGGUGAGACAUCUCAGAAUCCACACAGGAGAGAAGCCAUAUAAAUGCUCCGAGUGUGAGAAGAGCUUUGGUCAGAAAUCCAACCUUAUCAAGCAUCAGAAGAUUCACAUGGGAGAUAAUGCACUCCGUUGGCCGACCAGGAGUGUCAGACAGGGCCGAAUUCCAACAGGAGAGGAUCCCUAUCAAUGUUUCAGGUGUGGGAAAAUAUUCUCCCGCAGGGGGAACCUUCUCAGACACCAGAGCAUUCACACCCGAGAAAAACCUCACAAGUGCCCCGACUGUGGGAAAAGAUUCAAUCAGAGAGCAAACCUCAUCAGCCACCAGAGAAUUCACACCGGGGAGAAACCUUUCACGUGUCUUGACUGUGGGAAGAGUUUUCGCCAGAGCCCGCACCUCAUUAAGCAUCAGAAAGUCCAUGCGGAAGACAGGGCUUCAUACCGAAGCCCAGAUUAUGGGGCGAGCAUCAGCCAUGGGCCAGGCCAUAGGAUACACGAGAGAAUCGGUCUGAGAGGAAGUCCGUAUCAAUGCAUGAAGUGUGGCAAAAUGUUUAACUGGCAGUCUAAUUUCAUCCGGCAUCAGAAAAUCCAUGCCGGUGAAGAACCUCAUAAAUGCUUGGAUUGUGGAAAGACAUUCAAUCGGAGGAAAAACUUUGUGGCUCAUCAGAGGAUCCACACAAAAGAGAAGCCUUAUACGUGCACCGAGUGUGGCCAGACCUUCACGUGGGAAGCGCACCUUGUUAUCCAUCAAAGAAUCCACACGGGAGAAAAGCCUCAUAGGUGUGCAGAGUGCGGGCAGAGUUUCAGCCAGAGGUCCAAUCUCAUAAGGCACCAGAGGAUCCACACGGGAGAGAAGCCUUAUAAAUGCACCGAGUGUGGUCAGAGUUUUACUCAGAGGACACACCUUGUGGUGCACCAGAGGACCCACACGGGGGAGAAACCACAUACGUGCGUGGAGUGUGGGCAAGGCUUCAGCCAAAGGGCGCAUCUCAUUGUCCAUCGGAGAAUCCACACGGGAGAGAAGCCAUAUCGAUGUGCAGACUGUGGGCAAGGCUUCUGCCAAAGAUCCAAUCUUACCAGGCAUCAGAGGUCCCACGACUGUGAGAAACAAAAAUAGAAAGGGGAAUGCGCUGGAGGGUUGGGCUACGUCUCAGUCACCCCAGGAUGGUCGUGGGCAAAUUGGUAAUGUUCAGCUGGUGAGGAAGGACAGACUUUCCUCUUUAUGAAAGAAUCCACCGAGGACAGGGUCUGAACUAUAACAUACACAGGCUGUGGGAAACAGUUUGAGGACGCUGAUCAUAUUAAACAGGGACCCCAGUCUGGGGCUAGUGGGCACAUCGCUAUUGUAAGGAAACGUUAUGGGCACUCUUGCAACAUGGCUACCGGUGUCUUGACCUUUUACGGCAGUGUUUCUCAACCGUGGCAACUUUAGGAGAUGUGGACUCCAACUCCCAGAAUUC